AGUCAAGAGAAGAAAAACAGAGGGAUCAUAUACUGAUUUCUCCAUGGCAUCCUCCGAGCAGAAAAAAGAGCCACUCACCCAUGCUGCCUUACGUGAGAAAUUACUGAAAGAAGAAGAGAUGCUGGCAAAAUUUAAAGAGUUUUCCAAAUUUCUUCAAAGCUGGGAACGUGGCCGAGCCAUGUGUCUUCAGCUGAAAUCACAGGAAGACAGGUGUUUUGCAAGAAGCAGGAAGAGGCACCAAGCAGAAAUGAAAGAAGAAAUGCACUAUGCUAAUAAACAGCUGAUGAUGCUUCGACAGGCAGCUUUAAAACAUCUCCUAACUACUGAACACCUGCAAUACCAGCUGGAAUUUAACCAUUUGGGAAUGUCAUUUUAUGCUGAACGGCUCUGAAAAUCUCAAACAUAUGUAACAGUUUGGGCUAUAAUAUGUAGGGUAGGUAUUUUUAUACAGUACUCUGUAUCUAGAAAGAGUGUUUUCCUCAAUAUCAAUUAAAUAUUUAAAUUUAUAAAGAGAAAGAGAAUAUUUUUCUUUCUUUUGACAGAUGGUAAAAUUGCACAUUUGUCUUUGGCUGAAUUAUAUAGAGCAAUGGAAGAUCAACUUAAUGUAGAUUAAAACAAAAUAAGUUGCAAAAUGAGGAAUAAUCCAAGAAAUUAGGCAGUAGAAGAAGAAAGUGAAGUGAAAGAAAAUGUAAGAAUAUGUUUAAUUUUCCCAGUGAAGUAAAUGAAUUACAGAAAUGUUUAAAUUUAGUUGAAUUUUCUCUUGGGUGAGGAUGAUACUGAAAAAAAGUCAGCAUCUAUACAUAAAUGUUUGGAGCAUGUACAAAAGCUGGUGAACAAUCUAAAUAUAUAUUUAAGCCAGUAUUUAAGCCAGUUUAAUUAAAUAUAUGUACAUUUUGUUCUUUAGUUUAAAUGUUUCAGAAAAGCUUGUAUAUUAUAAUUAU